AAGGUGUCAACUUCAACUCGCAGACGAAUUUAAUACAUAAUACAAACAUUGUAAUAUUACAAAUAAAAUAUGUUAAAUUAGUUUUUGAUUGUUUUGAGGUUUGAAAACGAUGAUGUGGAAAAACAUACUUCACCCUGUAUGCUUACUCUUCGUCUUCACUGAGUUGUCUGAAUGCAAGAAGAAGUCAAAGUCUGUGACAACUGUUCUUGAUGCAAAAUGGGAACAGACACCUUUGGUCCUUGAGAUAGCGGAGUAUUUAGCUGAGGAAAGCUCUGAAGUGUUUUGGCAGUUUGUCGAUGGGGUAGCAGCUUUAGAUAUCCACUUGAUUGAUCUAGGCACAGAAAAGGCAGUGUACGAGCGAGCAUUGGCAGAAGCGAGUAGGUUGCUCUCACCAGCACAACUAUCAUUGCUCAAGUUGUCAGUGUCGCUACACGUCUACUCGCCUCGAGUGGAAAUGUACCACCAAAUGGCACUGGAGCGCGGAGUCAAGUGCCCGGCAGCAGUGGAUGUUGCCGGAACUGUUGUCUGCGAACCACACAAGAUUGAGGAGGCAGUGAAAGAAGCUCUGGCUCGUCCAGACUUAUCAAGAUUGGAGACGUUUAGGCUUGAUCAUCACUACCCUGGCUCAGAAAAUAAGAGUUUGGUUGCUAUAUUGUAUGGAGAGAUUGGUACACCUGAAUUUGCCCAGUUCCACAAGCGACUUCGUCAGUUGGCCACAUUGCAGCCUGUUGACUAUGUGUUAAGGCAUUUUGUCAAGGAGCGACCAAACAAGAAGUUGCGGUUGUCUGGAUAUGGAGUCGAGCUGCAACUCAAAUCCACAGAGUACAAGGCCCAGGAUGACACUAAGGUGAAGGGAACAGAUGGAGAUGACUCUCAGGAAGAGGAAGAAGACGUGGAGAUAGAGGGGUUUGUCAUCAGCAAACUCAAGAUGAUGUACCCUGACAAGAAGGAGCAGUUGGAGAAGCUAGCACAAGAACUGACAGAGACGAGUGAUCAGCUGGCGCCACUCAAGGUGUGGCAGUUCCAGGAGUUGAGUCUACAGGCGGCGCAGAGGAUACUGUCAGCUCCUAGAGAGGAGGCACUGCACACGUUCACACACAUCGCUCAGAACUUCCCCAUGCAGGCCAAAUCACUGGUUAGAACCACGGUGAAUGCAGAUUUCAAGGCAGAGAUGGUUCGCAACCAGGAGAGGUUCGCAGCAACUCUCAAUCUACAACCGUCAGACACUGCGUUGUUCCUCAAUGGCAUCUUCUUUGACAUGGACCUCACUGACACCAUGGCCAUCCUGGACUCCCUGAGACAGGAACUGAGGGUACUGGAGGGACUGCAUGCCUCUGGAAUAACGGAUAAGUCAACGUUGAGCUCCCUGUUGGGCCUGGACCUGAGUAGCAAUGGAGGUCAGGACUUUGCCAUAGACAUCAGAGACUCAGCCAUACAAUGGGUCAAUGACCUGGAAGUGGACAAGCAGUACAGGAGGUGGUCGUCUUCUCUCAUGGACCUGCUGAGGCCCACGUUCCCAGGGAUGGUGAGGCAUCUGCGGCGAAACCUGUAUAACCUGGUGAUCAUAGGGGACCCGUCCAAACGACCUGUCUGGCCACUGGUUAAGCUGGUAGAGUCGUUCUACGUACACACGGCUCCACUGAGGCUGGGGCUGGUGUUUGCCGUCAACAACACUGCGACAGGUAGAGAGGACGCUGGGGUCGCGCUGCUCAACGCUUACAACUACGUGGCGGAAGUCAAGAACGCUUACGAGGGUCUCAGCUUCAUUACUGAUGUGUAUGCAUCGGUCAAAACCGAGGGAGAGCGUGAUGUACAAGUGUCGGAUGUGAUCAAGCUGUUGAAGGCUCGUUAUCACUCUGCGGACAUCGAGGAGAUCCUUGGAGAGGACACAGACUACGACACAGGCCGUAAACUGGCUCAGGACUUUGUACAAAGAUCAGGCCUCAGGUCCCUACCUCAGGCCCUGAUAAAUGGAAUCCCAUUACCAGAGAAGACCCUCAACUCUGAUGAGUUUGAAGGAGCUGUGUUGACUGAGAUCAUGACCCAGACUCCGGCUGUACAGAAGGCAGUGUAUCGUGGAGAUCUCACUGACGGCAUGAAUGUACUGGACUACUUGAUGGAUCAACCCAAUGUGAUGCCCAGAUUGAACGAGAGGAUUCUGCAAACGGAGGACAGCAAGUACUUGGAUCUGGUGAAGAGUGCUGCCAAGCUGAGCGAGUCCAUGGUGUACAUCAACAGUAAACAUGCCAAAGACAAGGUGCAGCCACUGACGUACUGGGUGGUGGCAGACCUCAGUAGAGAUGCGGACAGGGAACUGCUCCUCACUGCUCUGGAACAGAUGAAGUCGAGUGGUCGUAUCAGAGUGGGGGUGGUCAUCAACGCAGCUGCAGACGCAGACCAAGCUGUCAACAAGCUGGUAGUAGCAGCAUUGAUGCAGGACCCUACCACAGCUACUGUCUCCAAGAUACUGAAGGAUGCUGACGCCAUUGCUCUAGGCGACAGACACCCUUCUGCUUACGGGCUUAAGGAUGUGGACUGGGAUACAGUCAGUGCAGUCCUGGAGCAGCACAGAGAGCAGGCAGCAUGGGUGCUAGGGUUCCCAGUAGGGGCCCGGGGCCUGGUGUGUAAUGGACGAGUGUUGGGGCCCCUCGACCUCUCAGAGCAGUUCACUUCUGAUGACUACAGUCUGCUGGAGCGCUUCACCAUGUCUACUCAUGUGGACAAAGUGUACAACAUGCUGACCAAGAAAAGCGAUGAGUUGGAUGUAACCAGUGACAUGGUGAUGAGGGCUGUCUCACUGUUGGCAGCCAGACCUCAGACUCGUAGCAGGUUUGAACUACCCGAACUUGGAGAAGAACACAGUGUGAUCAAGAUGGCUGCUAGAGACCCGUCCGCUCCAGCCCUAGACAUUGCUGUGGUGGUAGACCCAGUGUCCCGGGGAGCACAGAAGGUUGGACCCAUCUUGUCUGUGCUACAACAGGCCACCAACUGUCACAUACGCAUCUUCCUCAACUGUGUGGACAAACACUCGGACAUGCCACUCAAGAGUUUCUAUCGGUACGUACUAGAGCCAGAGGUACAAUUCACUGCCGACGGACACUUGGCGUCGGGCCCGAUGGCUCGGUUCUCCAACAUGCCACCAGCGCCGCUGCUGACACAGAACAUGCAUGUGCCAGACAACUGGCUGGUGGAGUCCGUGGCCAGUCCGUACGACCUGGACAACAUCAGACUGGAGGAGGUGGAGAGUGUGGUGCACAGUCAGUUUGAGCUGGAGUACCUGUUGCUGGAAGGUCACUGUUUCGAGGCAGGAGGCAAUCCUCCCAGAGGUCUGCAGAUCACUCUGGGCACUGAGUCUGAGCCGGUGCAGGUAGACACUAUAGUCAUGGCCAACCUGGGCUACUUCCAGCUUAAGGCCAACCCUGGCGCAUGGAUACUGCGACUACGCCAGGGCCGGUCUGCGGAUAUAUUUGAUAUCACCAGCCACGAGGGAUCAGACACCCCUGAGAACUCUACAGACAUCAAAGCGUUGAUCAGCUCAUUCAGACCUCACGUGCUGAAGCUGCGAGUUACCAAGAAGCCUGACAAGCUGAACAUGGAUCUCCUCGGAGAAGAUGAUCAACCCAACAGUGGCCUGUGGAACUCCAUCACCAGCACGUUUAGCUCCAAGGACGAGCCAGCAGACCCGGCUGACACCACCAUCAACAUCUUCUCUGUAGCCUCCGGACACUUGUACGAGAGGUUUCUUCGCAUCAUGAUGUUGAGUGUGCUAAAGAACACCAAGUCUCCUGUCAAGUUCUGGUUCCUCAAGAACUAUCUUUCUCCCACGUUCAAGGACUUCCUGCCAAGGAUGGCCAAGGAGUAUGGGUUCGAGUACGAGUUGGUUCAAUACAAAUGGCCUCGCUGGCUGCACCAGCAGACGGAGAAACAGAGAAUCAUUUGGGGCUACAAGAUACUCUUCCUCGACGUGCUGUUCCCGCUCCACAUCAAGAAGAUCAUCUUUGUGGAUGCUGAUCAGGUUGUCCGAGCAGAUAUGAAGGAACUAGUUGAUUUAGACCUAGGAGGAGCUCCGUAUGGUUACACUCCUUUUUGUGACAGUCGAACUGAAAUGGAUGGUUUCAGGUUCUGGAAGCAGGGCUACUGGCGCAAUCACCUGCAAGGUCGUAGAUACCACAUCAGCGCUCUCUAUGUGGUUGAUCUUAAGAGAUUCCGCAAGAUAGCAGCCGGGGACAGACUGCGAGGACAAUACCAAGCUCUGAGCCAGGACCCCAACAGUCUGUCUAACCUUGACCAGGACUUGCCCAACAACAUGAUACAUCAGGUGGCCAUCAAGUCUCUGCCUCAGGAGUGGCUGUGGUGUGAGACAUGGUGUGACGACCAAUCCAAACAAUCGGCUAAAACCAUCGACCUGUGUAACAACCCACUGACCAAGGAGGCUAAGUUGACAGCCGCCAUGCGUAUUGUAGAGGAGUGGAAGGAUUACGACGACGAGAUCAAGAGGUUACAGCUCCGGCUCGGAGCUACAGACGAACACGAAGAAGAAACUGUGACACAUCAAACACCAAGCCACAGAGAACACUCCGAGUUAUGACACUGCAGCCUCAGUCACGCAACUUCGCCGUUUGUUCGUCUCACUCCUAGCUGCUUUGUUUAAAAAGCAGUUUUUAUUUACUCUGAUGAAUUGUCCGGUUUGUUUCCUCAUUGUAUGAUGUAUGAUUUUCACCAAGUCAUCUGCGACUGACACUUUUAGUAUGUAAAGAUUUUUUUAGAUACUUAUAGUACGAACAUUGUUUUAAAGUGAUGAACUGUUUAUAACUAGUUUAGAAAUUCUGUCGAGUGUUAAGAUUAAUAUUUAUCAAGACUUUCCUGUAAACAAAUAUUCUUUAUUCUGGUCUUUACGUUCAUUAAGUAGCUAAAAGUUUGUGUUUGAAGGAUCUACCCAAGUGAUUGCAGAUAAAACAGUGUGAUUUUGGGAUAAAAACUCUUCUUUAUGUAUGAUUGAAGAUUUCAAAAAAUGCUGUGAAAUUGGGCAACAUAAAUUUGCUGCCGCAUGCACUGAGCAUGGGCGCUUUUUUUAUUGUUUCCGGUAUUUACAAUUCUUGAGAAUUCUCUCUGUACACACAUUUAGAAUACUACUUCCCUUAUUCUGAAUUGCAUUGUUAUAAAAAGUUUACCAAAUUUAAAGUUAUAUUUCCCAAGUAAAGGUGAUUUUAUUGCAAUUCUUAGACUUCAUCUGCCCAAUAACUCUUUUUUGUGCCAUAAUACAUACUUUUAAUGUUAUAGAAACACACAUGGUUGCAAGUUGCAAUUUUUUGGAAUAAUGUGGCAUAAUCUAGAAAAGAAUAAAAUUUGAUCUUAAUCUUCCUCCUUAAUAGUUGAUACAAUAAUUCCUGAUGUGAUUUUUGAUUACCUUUAGGAACUAUAAAUAUACAGACACUGAAAAAUAAUAAUAAUAAUUCAAUCUUCUCACCUAUUUUCAACCAUCAUUAUUUUAUGACAAUGUCUGUAGGGUUUUUUGGGAGGGAGUGGGAUUUAUUAUUGAUCUAAGGGCACCAGCAUAAAUUAAUUUAAUUACUUCCUCCAUUUCAUCAUCUCAAAAAAUGUUUAGUGACAAUAUAGCAAUCUUUCAACAGGGUAUGUUAUCCUUUUAAACAGUUAUGAAUGAUAUUUUUCACGGAAAGUAGCUGUUUUCUAUGACAGCUGAUAUCAUAAAAUGUUAUCAAAUGAUAUCAAAGAAAAAAUUUUUUGUCAUACUGCACACUGCAGCAAAAGCAGCUGUUUUUAAGACAUGCGUUGCGGGUCUAAAGUAGCAUUUUUACCUUUCGGAUUAAAAGGUGUUUUUAGCUUCUGGGGAGUCAAAAUCAGCUGUUGUCAUCUCAGUUGUAAAUUUAGAUUGUAAACAAUGGCGUUUAUCGAAGGUAUGUAUUGAUUGUUAAAUCAGGCGUAGUUAAUUGUUUUCUUAUGGUAAAUAGUUCAACAUAGAUGUACACUUGCACAAUAGACCAAACGAUUGAAUCACUUCCUGAACAGCUGCUUCCAUUAGCAAACUAAAUUGAAAACAAGUUAGAUGUAGUUUUGAGAUGUUAAAUGAAAACUAUUUGUAGUUUGUUCAAAUAAUGGUGCAAUAUGACAAAAAUUAUAGUCCAUCACAUGGUCAUUAAAACAGGUAAAAGUGUCUUUUCAAUUCUCACUCCCACUCAUUAUUUGACCUCGGCUUUGCCUCAAUCGUAAAACUGGAGCUCGGGUUGAAAAGAGUCACUUCAUGUUAACCUGUUAUUUUUUUCUAUUUUUUAAGAAGUCGUGAUGAAAAGUAUUGUUCAAAACGUUUGCCCAAAACCUAAAGUGAUGUACUGGUACUUGCUCCAAUUAUUCCCGUACUCACAAGUGAGGCAGGUGUACCUGUAAUCGGCUUUGCCUCACAUAAUAUGAAAUUUGAGCGUGCAUCGUAAAAUGCCACUUUAUGUACUUGUAUAAAAUAUACUAUGUAUUUAUGAACAAAGAAAAAAAUCAAUCUAGAGAAGCACCAAUUUAUAAAAUGCAAAGUGAUGCAUUCCUAAGAAAACUCAUUUCAUUCAAAGAACUUUUACCUUAGAAAUUAUUAAAAAUUAAUAUCUGUGAUAAAUUCUUUUAUUUAAGUACGUUCUUGUACUUCUUUAAAAAAUUUGUUUGUGUUUAAAGUUGUAUCAUGAUUAUUUUUCAGUAGAUAUUAAAAUUUUUGAAUCCA